GACAGUGCGAUCGUACUUGGUUAUAUUGGUAUAGCAAAGAUGGUUGCCGGAACAAUCUCGCCACUCAUUGCAGGAAUGUGGCUCGACAGAUCAAAGGCAUUCAGAAAAUCAACUUUAAUAUUUUUUGUAUCAGUAGCCGUCGCAAUAUUUAGUUUUGCAAUAUCGUUAAACUACGCCAAUAUGUUCUUUACAACUCUGUCAGCCAGUACAUAUUGGUUUUGUGUGGCAUCGGUAUUUAUUGUUUGUUAUGAGCAUGCUGUUGAAUUGACGUAUCCAGAAUCAGAAGUAAUGUCUUCGGGUUUAAUGACUGGUUUUUCCUCAUGUUUAUUGAAACUGAUAAUCGGAGACAGAGUGCUGAUCGUGAGAAUUAUCUAGACGAAGAAAAAGAAAUGGAGAUAAAAUCGACGACACAGACGGAUUGAAUAGACCUAAUCAUCAGUUAUACACAACUUGUAUAUAUUUUUUAAUGCAUGAUUGUACAUUGGUGGCAAGAUUCAAAAUUUCCCCUGAUAGACAUGCAUAUUUCCCCCUAAUAUAAUUGUUAUACAUUUUUUAAAAAUUUUGACGAAAAGAAAGUGAAGAAACAGAAAGAUUAAUAGGCCUGUCAUAUUAUUUAUAAUUCAGUUUACGUGAUUUAUUUUGUUAAGCCUACAAUUGCUACACUGUCGCUACAGUGUUUUCAGUGCAAUCGUUGCUAUGGUUGCUUUCCGAUUCGACAACCAAUCAGCAGCAAUACCAAGACUGUUGUGGAAAUAUGAAAUGAAAAAUUUUGAAAUAGGAAUGAGGAAGUUUAGUGAAAUGAACACCCAUCAGAUAAAAAGACUGGUUGAUUUUCUCAAAGGAGAUAGAGAGAGAGUGAGAGAGAGAGAGAGAAACCUAAAACAACAAUGUUUCCACGUGAUACUUAGCAGAACUAGCACCGUAAGUCAUUUAGACUGUAGAAGGCUCAAUGCCUGAAAAAACAAAGAAUUACAUGAAACGGAUAACAGUAAAAUCAACACAGUUCACAAAGAGACGGAGAAAAAAAAAUGAUUACAGAAAAAGUAAAGGUAAUAAGUACAGAAACUGAUCUUUCAUCUAAGAAAUACUUAUUUAAUUAAAUUAAUCAAUCACAAUCAAUUUCAUUUUGAUUAAUUGACUCGUUGUUGUCUCAGGUUAAAUAUCGAGUUAAAUCAAGUUUGAUGGAAAAGCUUUUCUUUGAUAAAGAUUGUUUUAAGUUAUCGGGUAAAUUAUUGUUUUAUUGUAAAGUUUUGGACCGCUAAAUCUGAUAUUAUACUGAAAAGAUGUUUUUUUUUUAUGCAGCGGAAUAUGCAGAUUUAGGCCAGUUCUGGUAAAAUAUUUAUUGUAAAAAGAAUUCAGACGAAAUAAGUUACUAAAUUGUGGAGGAUUCAAGUACUUGGUUGAGGAAAACAGGAAGUUGCAUUGUUGCAGUAUAUUGAUAUUUUGCAAUUUAAGUAGUUUGAGGGAAUUAAAUAAUGGGUCAGUGUGGGCUAAUGGUGGUGCAGCAUAUAAAAUACGAAUUGCUUUCUUGUAGGUGUUGCAACAAUAUUGCAAUAACUUAAAUAUCAUGCGAGGAUAAGACUACUGUAAAGGACGGAGGAUAAAGAGAGGAAUAAAAGAAGAAAGAC